UAUCUGAAAAUUGUAAACUAAACUUGUUUGUUCUUCGACAUAAUUUACAUUCAUGAUUGAAAUAUCCGAUUCUUCUAAAAUUGGUGGUUAAAGCUUAGUUAUCUAAAACACGAUAAUGGCUACAAAGAUGUAUACUUUGGCCUGUCGUAUCUGCACACAAGCGGAUGUAGACGAAAUGGAUUCUCUAUAUGAUACCGUAAUAGAGGAAAAGACGCCUGCUCAAAUAAUCGAGGAAUGCUUUGGUAUCACGAUGAAACCGGACGAUGGGCUUCCAACAAAGUAUUGCCAAAAUUGCAAGGAAGAUUUGGGCGCUGUUCUUCGCUUCCACUCCCGGUUGCAGAACUCUGAGGUCAAGUUUAAAGAUAUUCUCGCUAUGCCGAUUAUUGAAAUAACUGAACCUGUUGAUGGUAGUAUUUCGUCAGUCUUUAUAUCGGAAAUGUUCAUUAAAAGCGAGGACGACGACCGUUCUGAUUGUGAAGACCUGCCACCAAAUGAUGAUUCCUCGGAGGAAGAAAUUAAAAACAGAACGCGUCGAAAAUGUAGAACGCAAGCUAAACGUAGAAAGAGGAAAUAUGUGAUAAGCGAAGAGACUGAGUUUGAAGCUGCUGAUGAUGAUUCUGUUGAUCAGAAACCUGUAGUGGGAAAAGAAGAAGAAGAAGUUAAACCAGAUACGUCAAAACCGAUUAAGAAGCAUUGGCCGGAAAGGAAACUAUCUGUUAGUUCAUCCAGCGAUGACAAUUCCUUAGAUUACGACAGUGCACAAAGCUCUGACAAUGACGCAGAAGAGAAGCCCAAAAAAAGGCGACUGUACUACGGCGUCAAAGCGGAUUCACUGCCGAAACGGUGCUGUGGGUGUAAAGAUCUGCCAUUGGAUAGUCACGAAAAAGUCCAAGAACAUUCCUAUAAAUAUCAUUACCGAUAUCAAAUAACAAACGCGCGUGAAAUAGAAGAAAAUCCUUUCGAAUGCCCGCACUGUUACAAACGAUUCGAUUCCAAAAAGGAAUUUCUGCGGCAUCAACGUAAAAUGUAUGUCGAAAGGUUACACCCGUGUCCCAAGUGUGACGAAGAAUUUGCUAAUCACUACGUACUGCAAAGACAUCUCAAAUUGUAUCAUAAGAAGAAAAUGAUAAUUGAAAGAAUGGAAGAGUUGCGCCAAGAAUCGCAUAUCUGCUGUGCUUGUAAGCAGAAGUUCGACUCCAGUGAACUCUUGAAGGCCCAUGCGGAUGAAAUCCACCUGAAGGAACGCGACACGUACGAGGGCGAUUUUGAGUUCGAAUGUGAAGUUUGCUACCGACGUUUUAAAACGCGACAGUCUAUGAAGGUUCAUCAAUAUCGAAUGUUCAAAGGCAAGAAAUUUAUCUGUGCCCUCUGCGGCAAGGCAUUCAAAGAAAAAGCUUUCCUGCGCGACCACGAAAACUCUCACCGACGAGAAAAACCAUACGAGUGUCCUAAAUGUGAUGCACGUUUUUCUAUCAAAGGUUCGUACGAUGCACACGUCAGAUUGCAUGACGCGAAGGACGAGUUCAAGUGUGAAUACUGUGGUCGUGGUUUCCGGACCAAAAGUCUACUCAAGGGGCAUCUUACGGUCCAUUCCGAGGAUCGUCCGUUCAAAUGCCACCUGUGUCCAAUCACAUUCACCCAGCAACGACUGUUGGAUUCUCAUAUUGAAUUUCAUCUGGGCAAUAAACCAUUCAAGUGUCAGCAAUGUCCUGCCUCGUAUCGAUAUCAGAGAGAUUUGAGAGGCCAUAUUCGCGAGAAGCACGAGGGCAUACUAAGCUUUCAGUGCACGUAUUGUCCGAAAGCUUUCAAUCGAAAGAAACCGCUGGUAGUGCACCUCAAAACGCAUGAAGCCAUUUAAAGUGUCAAGUGUGAAGUGUCAAUAAACGUAUAAGGCUUAAAAAAAUACAUUUUGUUUGGUAAAUAACAAAAGCAAU